GGACUGCACAAAAGAAAGCAUCUGCAGCAAUGCCAGCACUGACAGCAUACUGUGUGGAGCUGCUGGUGCCACUGGUGAUAAUUUCAUUGGCUUUCAUAUUAUCGUUAAUGAUUAAUAUUGCACAGUGUGCAAAAAAACACAGAAAAGUAAAAGCUAUGAAAUAUUGCAGCCAGGUCACCUUGAGGUAUGACCAGCAGUAUAUGGAAAAUAACCCAAUUUAUGGCAAUCUCAGUUAUCCAAUUCUUGAUCACAAUAAUGAUGAAUGCUGUUAUGAACCAAUGUCCACUCCUCAUGAACGAAACACGGAAGGCGAUCAUCAGAUGGAUCCAGAGGAACAGAUGUGCUAUGCUGAUCUUGAUCUAACACCAAAGAGACCUGAUAAAAAUCGAAAGAAAAAGCAAAAAACGAAAAGUAAACGACGUUUUGAGGAGAUGGACAGGGCAAAUGUUAAUAUCUUAUCUAGAUCUAGUAUUUACUUGAACAGUGAGCAGCUUACAGCCGAAUGUAGAGCUGAAGAAGAGCUCAUUCAUGAUGACCCAGUGCAGAUUUACCAAUUAAUGAAGAAGACAAGAAAUAAUCUGGAUAAUGAAGAAGAAAAUCAAUCUCAUUGGUCAAAUUAGGAGAUAUUGAUCAUGACAUAGUGUAAUGAGUGGUUUGCACACCCAUGCUGAUAUGAACAAUGGAAAAGGAGUGAAAUGAGGAGUCCAGCUAUAUGGGUGGGCUAUAUGUUGAAAAUGUCAAUAUUAUAUGAAUAAAAGCAAUGUGUACAUGCAUUAUUUAUACAGGACACUUUAACUGAAGGAACCAAGGGCUGCAUUUUGCGGGCCGCAGCACGACCACGGGCCGCACACGCCAGUGUGAAAGAGGCCUUAAGGGCAUAUUACACCAGUCUAAUAUGGCUGCUGAUUGCCCGAUGAGCAAACGUUCGUUCAUCAGGCAACCCAAAUCUUUAACAGGUUAAAAAGUCAUUGUUUGCAGGCGGCAGAUCGUGGUGUCUAAUCACGAUCUGCUGCUGGCAGGUAGUGAUUCAGUAUAGGGAAGAGCAAUGGUACAAUGAUCACUCCUCCCUAUACUGAGGAGAAGA